UCGGUGCGUAGCGUCGUGGUCGUGCCUGCCCUUCACAUCCUUCCACAUCCUACCAGGCUCUACUCCCAAGCGCAGUCCGACGAUGGCCCUGCUCAAGUCAAACAAGGUGAUCUCCUGUCUGGGGAACAUUUCCCCGGCCCUGGGAGUUCUGUCCAGCCGCAACAGCUCAUGGUGGGGUGGAGUGCAGAUGGGUCCCCCCGAUCCCAUCCUGGGGGUGAGCGAGGCCUUUAAGAAGGACACCAACCCUAAGAAGAUGAACCUGGGAGUGGGAGCCUACAGGGAUGACCAGGGCAAGCCCUUUGUGCUCAGCUGUGUCCGCAAGGCAGAGGCUAUCAUUGCAGCCAAGCAGCUGGACAAGGAGUACCUAGGCAUUGGUGGUUUGGCAGAGUUCACCAAGUGCUGUGCCCAACUCGCUCUUGGCAAUGAUAAUGAGGUCUUGAAGAGUGGCAGGAGCAUCACAGUCCAGACCAUCUCAGGAACUGGUUCUCUGCGCAUUGGGGCCAACUUUUUGUCUCGUUUCCAUGGGGGUCCUCGUGAUAUGUACCUGCCCAAACCGUCCUGGGGAAACCACACACCCAUCUUCAGAGAUGCCGGGAUGCAGCUCAAAGCUUACAGAUACUACGACCCCUCCACCUGUGGCUUUGACUUCAAAGGAGCUCUCGACGAUAUCUCUAAAAUCCCAGAGCAGAGUGUGAUCAUGCUGCAUGCUUGCGCCCACAACCCCACUGGUGUGGACCCCAAGCCUGAGCAGUGGAAGGAGAUUUCUGAUCUUGUGAAGAAAAGGAACCUGCUUGUGUUCUUCGACAUGGCUUACCAGGGCUUUGCCAGUGGUGACAUCGACCGUGACGCCUGGGCUGUGCGCUACUUCAUUGAGCAGGGCCACAACAUCCUGCUUUCCCAGUCCUUUGCUAAGAACAUGGGUCUCUAUGGUGAGCGUGUUGGAGGCUUCACUGUGGUGUGCGGUGAUGUAGACGAGGCAAAGAGGGUAGAGUCUCAACUCAAGAUCCUGAUCAGGCCCAUUUACUCCAACCCACCAAUGAAUGGCGCCAGAAUUGCAUCAACCAUUCUCAGCACACCAGACCUGCGCUCACUGUGGCUGGAGGAGGUCCACGGUAUGGCUAACCGCAUCAUUAAGAUGAGAGAACAGCUGGUUGCUGGUCUACAGAAGGAGGGCUCCACUCACAACUGGCAGCAUGUCAUCGACCAGAUUGGCAUGUUCUGCUUCACAGGCCUCAAACCUGAUCAGGUUGAGCGCCUGACAAAGGAGUUCUCAGUGUACAUGACCAAGGAUGGCAGAAUUUCCAUGGCAGGCGUGUCCUCCGGGAACGUGGGCUACCUGGCACACGGGAUCCACGCGGUCACCAAGUAGACUGGAUGCUGCAAGGAGAGCUACGAAAAUCAAAGCAGCAGUGUUUAAGAGGAGAUUAAUGCGUCACUAAUUCGCUGUCUGCUCUAUUCCACCAUUUAGAAGAGAGCUCAGUAUUUUGUUAGACAUUUUCUUGAUUGGAUUUCAAGUUCAACUUGGAACAUUCACUGCUGUUAAACGGUUUAGUUCCUGGUUACCUUUUCUUAAACAUUUCACUGGCUCCCCUGCCAAAUUGUAAGAGACAUGUUUGCUCCCACCACAGACGGUUCAUCUUUGCUUAUUUAUUAUGUGGAAUCAACUGUCGGCUGUGCAUUAGUGUCCUCCUAAAUGUCUGCUGUUUUAUCUGCUGUGAGCUCAUUCACUUUAAAACAUCCAGGAACCAACAUCGGGGUAAUAUUAGCCUGUUCAUUAGUGUUACGAUCAUGUUGAAGACUCUGUUGCAUUUGAAAGCCUGUCAAAAAUGUGAUUUCUGUUGUUUUUUUCCUUAAUUUUUAUGGAGGAGUCGUAGCACUUUAUAAGGUGUAAGGCACUGUUUGAGGUUCAAUAUUUAGCUGGCACUCUUUAUUUCUCAAUUAAGUAAUCAGUUAACUAUCAGGCAGAUCUGUUUUUUUCAUCUGAAUUAAUCAGUCAUCCAGUAAUUUCCUCAUUAUUUCUGUUGGGAAUCUUUCUCAGUAUGUUUCCAACAGGAUUCAUGAAUGAUUUCUGGUGGCAGCACAGCCGUCUCUCCGUCAGUCCCUUUUUAAUCCAAAAAAGCCAAAAAACGGUUAAACUCCGUACAGAGAACCAAUCAAUAUUUUGAAAGAAUUACACAGAUAGAAUUGUUUCUUCAUAAAGCACCACAGCCCCAAACUGAAUGUCCCAUUUCUUACAUUCUCUUCAUAAUGGAGUCCUUGUAUUUCAUCCAGAUGUCUCUGUGUUGAUAAUAAAGAUGAGUGGGGCACCUGAUUUAGGUGAACACUGGACAGUUCAUGAAGAAAUAUGCACAUGCUAUUCAUUUACUCAGAUAUCAUGGAUCAGUGAAUGAAUCUGUUCGUCAGUGAGACCGUUGGAUACACAGGGCAUUUUAAAAAUGUGGGGUUUUCCCCAGUCUGGUCAUACUUCUGAAACUCCUGGCAUGUUGCCUCCACAUUUUGCAGUAUGUCAUAAAACAAUGGAACCGUGAUCAUUGAACAAACAAUAAAUGGCUAUAGAGUAUUC